AUGCUGAUUAUUUCAUGUGUGAUUAUUUCAUGGCUAUGGUAUGCUACAGCUACAACAAUGGUAGAGGUCAGUAGCUGCAGCGAAAAGCUUAACAGACUCCAAUCACCACUGGGCCCACUGAUCGCCAGAUACGUGGAGGAAAGCGAAGGAGCCAAAAUCUUCACCUAUCGGGUUCUUGGGAAGCAGAAAGUAUCCUCCGAGCAUCCUGGUUUCAAAGCGUGUUCCGGCCGCGGGCUGACCUCGGGAUGUAUAUUGUCAUGCGUGCCACCACGUCUUCACACGUGGCUCGGAGCAACUCUUCAUAGCAUAGAAGUUCAUGGAUCGAUGGAGACAAGCUUUCGAGCUAGAUCAAGUUUAAAAUGA